AUGGCAUCCGACGAACAGAAGCCGGACGCUGACCGAUACACCGAGUCGCAGUCCCCAGAGACUGAGACUCAUCCGGAUGGCGUCCCGGCGCGGUCACCGACGACCGCAAGUAAGGCGACAAAGAAGCCGGCGCCAAAGCCGGGUCUGGCGGCGAGAUUGGGCCUCGACGCGCCGACGCUCAUCAUGAUGUUCAAGGGCUCACUACCGCCCCUCAUCGGCAUCGCCAUCUACCAAUCCACGCCCGUGGCACAGUACUUCACCACGCUGGGCUAUCUCGUGCCAAUUAUCUCAGUACUCGCACUCGCAAUUCUCCCAAGAGGAAAAUACCUCCAGAACCUCGUCCUCAAUGUCACCGGAAUUUGCAUCGGUGGCGCCUUGUCGAUGCUGGCACUGUGGUCUGGUGUCCAGGCGCGAAGGAACACCGCCUCCGCCGAGGAACUAGCCACCGGAUUGCCCGUCUACAACUCAAGUCAGUCUGCCGUCUGCGGCGUCUGGCUGUUCUUCAAUAUUUGGAUCUCGAAUACCCUGAGAGCUAAAUACCCUGCGAUGAACCUGCCUGUCAUGAUCUACUCCAUCUUUAUGAACGUUGCCUGCACAUUUGGCCCGCUCAUGGUGACCACCGCAGCCGCCGAGUCGCUUGUAAAGCGGCUGACCGUGGCGAUGCUUUGCGCCAUGGGUAUUGCUACCGGUGUCUCACUUUUCGUGUUCCCCGUCUCCAGCAGGAAGGUGGUGAGCGGUGAAUUCAAGGGUGCCAUUGGGCUUGUUCGCAAGUCUAUUGCUCUGCAACUCAACUACUUGAAGACGUUAUCCAGUCCCGACAUGCUCGAGCGUCACCAGACGAAGAGCAGCAACGUCUUCAAGAAGAACAAGAAACAGAAGAAGCCCGAGAUGACGAAGGAGGCGAAGGCCGCGGGCGAGCUCAAGGCCACGGCUUUGGCGAUUUCGGCACUGUUUGGAAAGAUGCACGGAGACAUCCUCUUCGCCAAGAGGGAUAUCGCCUACGGCAAGCUCAACUCCAAGGAUAUCGGCGAGAUCUUCAACCGCCUGCGAAGCAUCAUGAUCCCAUUGAACGGCAUCAGCACAAUUGUCGACAUCUUCCGCCGAGCCUCCGAAAAGCACGGAUGGGGUGUUAACGAUGGCAACGGCGACUCGGACGCGGAGAAGGAACGGGAAAAGAGAGUCUGGAACGAUAUCAUGCUCCAAUUGCUGGAGCCAUUCGAAAUCCUGACGGAAGCAAUGGACCAGGGACUCGAUCACGUCGGUAUCGUCCUCGAACUCACACCCAAGCCGAAGAAGACGAAGGGUGCCGACGUGGAGAUGGAUGCCGGUGCCAAGGCGACCUCGAAGCCAGGCGAAGCCGGGUUCGCCGAAGUCCUCGCCGAGAGGGUGCAGGACUUCAACGACAAGAAGGGAGAGCUGCUCAGAAACUGGUUGAAGGAGAGGCAGCUCGCGACAGAACAGGAACGACAGGAUCUUCACCUGAAGAAGCUCGAGACCAGGAUGCGGGAGCGCGACCAGACGCAGCUUUAUGUGAUGCUGUACAUGGAAAAGCUUAUGCUCGCCCUGGGCGAAGCAGUGCAGGACCUAGUCAUGUUCGCAGACUCAAAGGUGGCUGACGGCACGAUGGCAAAGAAGCGCUUGAUCAUCCCUUCUCAGAAGCGCAUCAAGAAAUGGUUCAAGGGUAUCUGCAGCACCGAGGACGCUUCCCCCGAGCAGACGCCAGAUAUUGCUGAGAUGGGCGCGAACAUCGUCUACGCCGGUGAUGGGUAUAACAAGAAGAAGGAUCCCGAACAUCUCCCUGCUCACGGCGUCUGGCAACACUUUGGGAACUCGGUGAGAGCAUUUUCUGGCUUUGUCGGAUCAGGUGAAUCGCUCUUUGGCUUCCGGGUCGCCAUUGCGACCAUGACCGUCGGCAUCAUGGCUUUCUUGCAGAGCACACAGACGUUCUUCACUGAGCAACGCUUGGUUUGGGCCAUGAUCAUGAUUGCCAUUGGCAUGACUAUCACGGCCGGCCAGUCCAUUUUUGGCUUCGUAUGUCGAGUCGGCGGAACCUGCGUUGCGGUUAUUUUCUCCUACAUCAUCUGGUAUAUCGUUGUCGAGCGCACCGCCGGAGUCAUCGUCUUCCUCUGGUUGUUCAUCUUCAUCGAGCAGUACUUCAUCUUGAAGUAUCCGCGGUUUAUGCCUGUGUGGCUCAUCACGAUUAUCACUCAAGUCCUCAUCAUUGGGUAUGAGCUACAGGUUCAGAAGAUUGGAGAAAAGGCCGCCGCAGCCACGGGACAACCGUACUAUCCUACAUACCUUCUGGCACCUUAUCGUCUUGCCUGUGUAGCGGCCGGUUGUUUCAUCGCAUUUAUCUGGACCAUUUUCCCGGCUCCGAUCACCGACCGGCGCUGGCUCCGACGGGAUCUCAGCGCCUCGCUCUAUCUCCUCGCCAACUACUUCAGUGUCGUAACUGAGACAAUCAAGGCGACGAUGGAAGAGACUCACGGUGACAUCAAGAAGCCCGGCACACCUGCUCACAAGAUGGAGAAGGAAAGGCGUCGCAUCCUAGGCAAGCUGUUACUGUUGCUCCCUAGCUUGGAUCAGCAUGCGCAAUGGCAGAAAUGGGAACCCGAUAUCGGCGGCAAAUUCCCUAGGGCCACAUACGAAGAUAUCAUCAGACGGUCAACCAGCACCAUGCGGUACCUGACGCUGAUUGCUUACACCAUCACAUGGAAGCCGCGUGACAGGCCAGCCAGUCCCUCUUCCGACAGUGACCGGGCCUGGCUGCGCGCUCUCAAUCAGGUCCUUGCAGGAAUUGAGCCGACGCAACAUACCAUUCUCUCCACGCUCACGCUCCUGUCCAACUCACUACUGUCGGGUCAAUCACUGCCGCCCUUUAUGCAACUUCCGAGACCGAAUGAGCUCACCCGCAAGCUCCUCCACCUCAAAGGUCCGGACCCAGAGCCGCGGACCAUGCAAAGAAGAGGCAGUGAGCUCGAGCACAGGCUUGUCACGGUCCACACCCGCACAGGGUCUGAAGUGCGCCCUUCAGGUCGGAGGCCCAGCGUGGUGGGAUCAGUGGUGGAGUCGCCGACGAGUGACACUUCAACGAUUGGGGGUAUGGCCGAGUUAUCGGAGAUGGUCAGCCCUCUUGGCAGCGGAAGUAUUCUCGACGUAAGGAACGUAGAGCAACACGGAUAUACCGAGUUCGCGGUGCUGCAGGUUUGCAGCUCGCUUGUGUGCGAUGACUUGGAGGGCUUGGUGCGGUCUGUGAGCAGUUUGGUUGGUGUUGUGGACUUUAGCUUCAGGAUCAAUCCAAGUGAGGCAACGCUGACGAGCAGUGAUGAGGACGAUGCUAGAGGAAAAGGCAAGCGAGAUUAA